AGAAGAGAAGUAUUAACAAAAGUACAAGUAAAAUUAAUCAAAAGUUAAUUCCUCUUGUCUCCUCUUGUCUCCAAAGUUGUGCUGUUUCGAGCAACUAUCUGACCGUUAAAAAUCUCGUUUCCAGGUUGUGCGCUGAAGCAAGAAAGAAGUGAAAACAAAGAGGAAGGAAGGAGGGGGGGAGGAAGUGUGGAGUUGGUUAAGAAGAACCCUCUCCUUUCAUUGCGCAACCACCAACGAUUUUCAUAAAAUUUUUAUUCAACGUGUCUACGGGAAAAUUGAAAAUGUACGUCAACAAGUGAGACAAGAGGGUGUGAUGUUGAAAUGCGCAUGGCCGUGGUAACGGCGCGUAUUUAAGGGCUGAUCCUUCGCGAAUCUCGUCACUAUCAUCGUAUCCUUGGAUCUUAACACCGAUAUACGGUAUAUCAACCAUAUUAUUCUCGUAUUCACCUCUCAUCACGAAGUGAUCCAGUGAGUCCAAUAUCUGGAACGAUCUCGCCCACAUCACAGUUAUUUCCAUAUACACGUUCGUGCAAUAUCUCUGGACCCUCACGUUUGUGAACAGGCAACAGCAUGAUGGGUUCGACAAUUGUCAUCCUUUUUUCAAUGACGACCAUGGCAAUAUUCUGCAACAACGUCUUGGCAGCUUUACCAACUCAAUGUAAUCCUGGUUUCCUUGAUGAUCUUCCUCCAAGGAUCCGCAAAGUCUGUGUCGCACUUUCCAGGAUAUACGAGCUUGGUUCAGAAAUGGAGAGCUAUAUUGAUGACAAGGAAAAUCAUAUAACAGGCUUUCACGAGAGCAUCCCGUUAUUAGACAGUGGAGUAAAAAGGCAGGAUGUCGAUCAUGUAUUUCUGCGCUUUGGAAGACGUCGUUAGACAUAGCGCAAAUGAUAUUUCGCACAUGAAAAAAUCAAACAGUUCAAUUCAUCGUUCAAGCUAUGAAAAAAUGUCUGCAGAUCCAUUUCGAGAUUCUUAUUCGAUAGAUUCAUAUUGUAUCAAUUUGUGCUUUUUUCUUCUUAUCGUCGGAUAAUUAAAUCUAUUCGUAAUGAUAAGCAUACAAAAGUAAUGAGUGUAAACUAAUGAAAUCACGACGUUACUUGUGUAUCGUGCAAUUUUUCUGAUUUUAUUUAGAAAUUACUUAAAAAAGUUCAUCUUUUCUCUCUUAUAAAUAAAUUCUAUAGUGAAAGCAGUAACAACGUGGACUAAUAAAAAAUUAUUUAUUUUUGCUUUUAGCUUAGAGUUUUAUUUUAUCAUAUAUUUUACGAAAAUUAUUAUUAGCAUUUAUAUUUUUAAAUUAUAUCUCUAACAUUAAAUAAGUAUAAUUAGGAAAUAUUAAAAAUAAUUAAUUUUAAAUAUUAUUUUAUAAUAUAUUAAUCAUUUAUUAAUAUUCAACGGUCAAAGUUAUAAUAAAGUUACAAACUGAAUAUUA